AUGGAACUUUUUGGUUUAUAUAUUUUACCAGCUAAAAACCGACGAGAGGUAAAGUCCCACAAUACGAACAAUGUAAUAAUUACACAAUCCUCAAAUUUGAAUCAAAUCUAUUAUGAUCUAGGUAGUAAAAUCGAACAAAAAUCGAAAGACUUUGCAGAAAAAGACUCAGGGUGGGUGUUGGAAAACAUUUUAUAUUUAGAAAUUAAUAUUAAUAAAUAUAAUCCUUUGAGGGCAGCAGCAUAUUGGCCGCUUCCUAAGGAAAUCACGAACAAAAAAGCUGUACUCAACAUACGUAACACGGAUGAGUACUGCUUUGCAUGGUCGAUUGUAGCUGGUAUGAUAAAACCAAAGGGUCGAGCGUCACUAACAACGUCAUAUCCACAUUUUUCGAACAUUCCUGGUUUAAACUUUGCAGGAAUGGACUUUCCAGUUGCUCUCAAGUCAAUAUCAGAAUUUGAAAGAUUGAAUAAUAUGUCAAUUAACGUUUAUGGAAUAGAAAAGGAAUUCAUUGAUGGAAAGUCUAAAUAUCAGGUGGUAGGACCGUUACAUUACACGGCGCAAAAACAACCCACUCAUCUGAACUUAUUACUUAUUGAUGAUUCAGAAGGUAACCAUCAUUACUGCCUAAUUACCAACUUUUCAAGACUCGUUUCAAGUCAGUUGUCACUUAAUACGAGAGUAAAGCAUUUUUGUGAUGGCUGUUUACAAUACUUUGCAUCAAAAGACAAACUGGAAAUUCACAUCCAAAACUAUUGCAAACACAUUGCAGUUAAGCUGCCCCAACUGGAAACCAGAGUUGAUCGCCUUGGAAACACGGUAAUGGAUAAUGUGCUGAAAUUUGAACAGCAUCACAAACAAUUAAGACUACCGUUUUGCGUUUAUGCGGACUUUGAAUGCAUCCUAGCUCCGAUAGAUAAUCACUCAAGUGCUUCAGAGGAUGUAUGUACUAUCAAAAAGUAUGAACAUAGACCCUCCUCAGUUGCUUAUUAUAUUAAAUGUUCUUAUAAUGAUUCACUAUCCAAGCUCGAACUGUAUAGGGCGUGA